AUGAGAAGAAAGGUUACGUCUAGUGAGAGUGGAGAGGAGAGUGAUCAGGAUUUUGAUAAACAGACGGGAGAGCUUGCAGACGAGGGAAAAAUGGCCGCAAAAGCUGGAAAGAAGCCAGACCCAGCUAUGGAAGAGCUUAAAGAAUUAUUUAAAGCUAAUAGUGAGGCAACACUCAAUGAGAUGAAGCAGAUGAAAGAAGAGGUUUCUAAAAAAAUGCAGGAGCUGGCUGUUGCAGUAGCUCAAACAGAGAAAGAUGUGAAAGAAGUAAAAACAGAAAUGAAGCAGCUCUCCAAACAAGUGCGAGCUGACUUGGAUCUGAGGAACACUUACAAGUGGGCUACUGAAGGCCAGUUGUCUCGUGCCCACAGUACUGGUGUUGCAAAACACGCGGCUCAGAGACUUGCUCGACAGAAACACACUCGAUUUACAGCUGAAAAAAUGCAAUCUGUUGAGAGGCAGCAAAGAGCAAUGGGAAGGAUUUCUCGGAAACAUGGGAAAGCCAGGAGCCGUUGGAGACGCCUGAUGUCUGCUGUGGGCAGAGGCCAUCGCAGGUCCAGGAUUCUUUCACAACCAGCUCCAGGACCCUCCUCAUCAGGACUGGACCGUUUGCAGGAGAAACCCAGUAGAUGCAGGACAGUCGUACCAUGCCUGGAGCAUUGUAAGGAAGAAUACGACAAAGUCUCUAACCUGUAUCAGAACAACAGGAUACGGACGACAAAGUACAGGUUAUGGAACUUUAUACCAAAGAAUUUGUUUCAGCAAUUUCACAGAGCUGCCAAUUUAUAUUUCUUAUUUAUCGUUCUGCUAAACUGGGUUCCAGCGGUGGAAGCCUUUAAAAAAGAAAUCACAAUGAUCCCUCUUGUUGUGGUUCUCUCCAUUAUUGCAAUCAAAGAUGCCCUGGAGGAUUGCACAAAAUACAAAUUAGAUAGAAAGAUAAACAACUUAGUAACCCAAGUCUACUGUAGGAAAGCAAAGCAAUACAAAGCCAAGUUCUGGAAAGAUGUUCAUGUUGGUGAUAUUAUCCGUCUGUCUUGUAAUGAGGAGAUUCCAGCCGAUAUGGUGCUGAUAUAUUCUAGCGAUGGAGACGGCAUCUGCCACCUGGAGACAUCAAGCCUUGAUGGGGAGACCAAUCUCAAAGAGAGGCAGGUGGUCAAAGGAUAUGCAGAGCAGGCUAUUGAACUUAAUCCGGAAACCUUCUCAGGCAAAAUAGAAUGUGAGCCCCCUAACAAUGAUCUCAACUCCUUCCGGGGCUUUCUUGAGAAUUCAAAUAAGGAGCGAGUGGGACUGAAUAAGGAAAACUUGCUGAUGCGAGGAUGCACUGUCAGAAAUACAGAAGCUGUCGUUGGCAUUGUGGUGUAUGCAGGUCAUGAAACGAAAGCAAUGUUAAACAACUCCGGGUUUCGUUACAAGAGGAGCCAACUAGAGAAGAAGUUGAACCACGAUAUCAUCUGGAGUGUUCUGCUUCUAUUUGUGAUGUGCCUUAUAGUGGCAGUUGGUCAUGGAUUUUGGUUAAACAGAUAUUCAGAGCCGCCUCUCUACCAUACCGGAAAACAACUUUCUCCAACCUGGGGAGGAUUUUUAAUGUUUUGGACAAUGAUUAUUUUAUUACAGGUCUUGAUCCCAAUUUCUCUGUAUGUUUCUAUUGAAUUUGUCAAAUUGGGACAUAUCUAUUUUAUCCAGAAUGAUAUUGAUUUAUAUGAUGAAGCCACAGACACCAGGAUUCAAUGUGGAUCACUAAAUAUAGCAGAAAAUCUCGGGCAGAUACAAUACAUUUUCUCGGAUAAGACCGGAACACUCACUGAAAACAAAAUGGUUUUUCGGAGGUGCACCAUUGCAGGACGUGAACACAGCCAUGAGGAGAAUGCAAAGAGGCUGGAAGCAUAUCUGGAUGGGGAUGAGGAUGAGGACGAGGAUGACUCACAGAGGAAUCCUUCCCAUGAUUCUUUGCCACCUCUCUCCAGAUCACGUUUUUUCAGCCGUAAAUCGAGUGCGUUUCUGUCGAGCAAAUCUCUGAGCCGUGUAUUUCGCAGCACCAGUACUAUGGUCACGAGACAACUGGCCUUCAGUAGCCCACUUGAGACAGAUGUUGUGCCAGACAUCCGACUGCUAUACAAGUUCCAUCAAAUUGCUUUGAAAAAUUACACCCUGCUUGACUCGGCAACGCCUAUGCCAGAGGUUGUGUGCAUCAGCGAAUUCUUCACUGCUCUUGCCAUUUGCAACACGGUUGUUGUUUCCGAUCCUGAACAACCACGUCUCAAGAGGCGGUGGUCUUCAGUUGUUUUGCCCAUGGUGGAUGUUAGAAGCAUGUUUCAAAAGUUAUUUUCAAGAAAAAUUAGCCCUCUACCUGUUGAAACUACAAGCUCAGGUGAAGGUGCUCAGUCUGACAAGCACAAGAAACAAACAAAGCCUGUUCUUCAUGUGACAUUUCCAACACCUCUGUCCAUUGAUACCUCUACAUCUUCUGAAGGCCCAUCAACCACUGUAGUAUCUCAGGAUGAAGAAGUGGAGCCCUUUAGUUUCUCAAGGAAUACGGACGCCAGCUUGUCCAAUGAAAGCUUAUGUUCACUUGAAAAAACUCAAGUUGAAUCGUCCAGUGAAACAUUGACUCCACUUGAGGUGUCUUAUGAGGCGGAGAGUCCUGAUGAAGCGGCACUAGUCCAUGCCGCCAGGGCUUACCAAUGUAUUUUGAUGGCUAGGAAUCCUGAGCAGGUGACGGUAGACCUGGGUCCUCUGGGAAUACAAAGUUUUCAGAUGUUACGCAUCUUGCCUUUUGACUCUACCCGGAAAUGCAUGUCCGUAGUGGUGAAGCACCCAAUUUUGAACCAGAUUGUAGUGUACACAAAGGGGGCAGAUUCUGUUAUUAUGGAUUUACUAACAACCAAACCAACAGGUAUUGAAAAAAUAGACCUGCAAAGGAAAAGAAUAAAGGAAAGAACGCAGAUGCAUUUAGAUGAGUAUGCUACAAAGGGACUCCGCACCCUCUGUAUAGCUAUGAAGGUGUUGAGCAGUGAGGAAUACCAAGAGUGGCUGAAAGGCCAUUAUUUAGCAGAAAGUAGUAUUGAAAACAGGGAACAGAUGCUCCUUGAGUCUGCAAUGAGGCUUGAGAACAAUUUAACGUUACUUGGAGCCACUGGAAUUGAAGAUCGCUUGCAAGAUGGUGUCCCGGAAAGCAUAGAGGCACUCCGAAAAGCCGGGAUUAGCAUCUGGAUGCUGACAGGUGAUAAGCGUGAGACAGCCGUCAAUAUUGCCUGUUCCUGUAAAUUAAUGGACUCAGCUGAUAAUGUCUUCACCCUUGUGGCUGAUAGUCUGGAUGCCUGUGGAAAGAUGCUGGAGAGCAUUUUAGAAGACAUCCGGACAAAUGCUCCUUCCAAGGACAGGCAAAGCACUGCGUCCCAAACCACCGUUCGCCAGUUCAGCUCUGCACUCGUUAUUGACGGGCCAACCUUAGAGUUUGCCUUGCAUCUGAGUCUGCAGAGUAAGUUCCUGCAGCUCACCAAAAGUGUCCAGGCUGUCAUCUGCUGCAGAGUGGCACCACUGCAAAAGGGCCAGCUAGUGAAGCUGGUACGGAAGGAGCUGAAGGUGAUGACACUCGCCAUCGGUGACGGUGCCAACGACGUUAGUAUGAUUCAAGUUGCUGAUGUUGGAAUUGGAAUCUCUGGCCAAGAAGGCAUGCAGGCUGUGUUGGCAAGCGAUUUUGCUAUUUCUCAGUUCAAACAACUCAGCAAGCUGCUCUUUGUCCAUGGCCACUGGUGCUACACCCGAUUGGCUAAUAUGGUCCUUUACUUUUUCUACAAGAAUUUGGCAUAUGUAGGGCUCCUAUUCUGGUAUCAGUUCUUCUGCGGAUUUUCGGGAAGCUCCAUGACUGAUUACUGGAAUUUGAUUUUCUUCAACCUCCUGUACACAUCAGUACCCCCCAUCAUUUAUGGGGUGUUAGACAAAGAUGUCUCAGCUGAAAUGCUUUUACGGAGGCCAGAACUUUACACAGCUGGACAAAGAAAUGAGCCGUACGUGAGAUCAGCCUUUGCAGGCAACAUAGCAGAUGCUUUUUAUCAAAGCUUUGUUUGCUUUUUUAUCCCUUACUUUACCUUCCUUAACUCUGAGAUUGACAUCUACUCUUUUGGUAAUGUAAUGAACACUUCUAUGUUCUUUAUCAUCAUGUUACACCUUGUCAUUGAGAGUAAAACUUUGAACUGGAUACACUGGGUUGUUUUAGCUGGUAGCGUCCUUUUGUUCUUCGUUAUUAAUGGGACUUUUGGAGCUACCUGCAUCCUCUGCAAUCCACCAGCCAACCCGUACUGGAUUAUGGAGAGACAGAUGUCUAAUCCAGUGGUGUAUCUGAUCUGCUUCAUCACAGUUAUCAUGGCUCUUCUUCCAAGGUUUAUGUUCAGGGUGAUCCAAUCCACUGUAUUCCCAAAUCCGCUGGUGGAAGCCAGGCAGCUUGAAGGAAUGGCCCUUAAAGGAGGGAAGGGUUUGCUGCACAAUCCAAAAGUAGUCCCAGUGUGA